AUGGUAAAAAGAUUUGAAAAAGGGCGUAUCUACACAUUCAUUGGAGAAGUCGUUGUUUCUGUGAACCCUUACAAGUUGCUGAACAUCUAUGGGAGAGACACAAUUGAGCAAUAUAAAGGACGUGAGCUGUACGAGAGACCGCCUCAUCUUUUUGCAAUUGCUGAUGCUGCUUACAAAGCUAUGAAGAGGCGCUCAAAAGACACUUGUAUUGUGAUAUCAGGGGAGAGUGGAGCUGGUAAGACUGAAGCCAGUAAGUACAUUAUGCAGUACAUCGCGGCCAUCACCAACCCCAGUCAGAGAGCAGAGGUUGAAAGAGUGAAGAAUAUGUUGCUCAAGUCCAACUGCGUUUUGGAAGCUUUUGGAAAUGCCAAAACCAACCGUAACGACAACUCAAGCAGGUUUGGAAAAUACAUGGAUAUCAACUUUGAUUUCAAGGGGGAUCCUAUUGGUGGACAUAUCAAUAACUACUUAUUGGAGAAGUCUCGAGUGAUUGUGCAACAGCCAGGAGAAAGAAGCUUUCAUUCUUUCUAUCAGCUACUCCAAGGAGGUUCAGAUCAGAUACUACGCUCUCUACAUCUCCAGAAAUCCCUGUCAUCUUACAACUAUAUCCGCGUAGGAGCUCAGUUAAAGUCUUCCAUCAACGAUGCUGCAGAAUUCAAAGUAGUAGCUGAAGCCAUGAAAGUAAUUGGCUUCAAACCUGAGGAGAUUCAAACGGUGUAUAAAAUUUUGGCUGCUAUUCUUCACCUGGGAAAUUUAAAAUUCGUGGUGGACGGUGACACACCUCUCAUUGACAAUGGCAAGGUUGUCUCUAUCAUAGCAGAAUUGCUCUCCACCAAGACGGACAUGGUUGAGAAAGCCCUUCUCUACCGGACGGUGGCCACAGGUCGCGACAUCAUCGACAAGCAGCACACGGAGCAAGAAGCUAGCUAUGGAAGGGACGCCUUUGCCAAGGCAAUAUACGAACGCCUUUUCUGUUGGAUUGUUACUCGCAUCAAUGACAUUAUUGAGGUUAAGAACUAUGACACCACAGUCCAUGGGAAGAACACUGUCAUCGGUGUCUUGGACAUCUAUGGCUUUGAAAUCUUUGACAACAACAGCUUUGAGCAGUUCUGCAUCAAUUACUGCAACGAGAAGCUGCAGCAGCUCUUUAUCCAGCUGGUUCUGAAGCAAGAGCAGGAGGAGUACCAGCGGGAGGGGAUCCCCUGGAAGCAUAUUGAUUACUUCAACAAUCAGAUCAUCGUGGACCUUGUGGAGCAGCAGCACAAAGGGAUCAUUGCUAUCCUAGAUGACGCCUGCAUGAAUGUUGGCAAGGUCACCGAUGAAAUGUUCCUCGAAGCACUUAACAGCAAAUUGGGCAAACAUGGUCAUUUUUCCAGCCGAAAGCUCUGCGCCUCAGACAAAAUCCUGGAGUUUGAUCGAGACUUUCGAAUUCGACAUUACGCGGGUGAUGUUGUCUAUUCAGUCGUUGGAUUUAUUGACAAAAAUAAAGACACUUUGUUUCAAGAUUUCAAGCGCCUCAUGUAUAACAGUUCAAAUCCCGUGCUGAAGAAUAUGUGGCCCGAAGGCAAACUGAGUAUUACAGAGGUGACCAAGCGACCUCUGACCGCUGCCACCUUGUUUAAGAAUUCGAUGAUCGCUUUAGUGGACAACCUUGCAUCAAAGGAGCCCUAUUAUGUACGUUGCAUCAAACCCAAUGACAAGAAAUCCCCACAGAUAUUUGACGAUGAGCGCUGUCGCCACCAAGUAGAGUAUCUUGGACUACUGGAAAAUGUGAGGGUGCGGCGGGCGGGGUUUGCCUUCCGCCAGACCUACGAGAAGUUUCUUCACAGAUACAAGAUGAUCUCUGAAUUCACCUGGCCCAACCAUGACCUCCCUUCAGACAAAGAGGCUGUCAAGAAGCUGGUUGAACAUUGUGGUUUUCAGGAUGAUGUGGCUUAUGGGAAAACCAAAAUUUUCAUUCGAACACCCCGAACACUGUUUACCUUGGAAGAACUCCGUGCCCAGAUGCUUGUGAGGAUUGUCCUCUUUCUACAAAAGGUGUGGCGAGGCACGCUGGCCCGCAUGCGGUACAAGAGAACCAAGGCAGCUCUGACGAUUAUCAGAUAUUACCGACGUUACAAAGUGAAGUCCUACAUUCAUGAGGUUGCCAGACGCUUCCACGGCGUCAAGAGCAUGAAGGACUACGGGAAGCACGUGAAGUGGCCAACCCCACCUAAAGUUCUUCGCCGUUUCGAGGAGGCCUUACAGGCAAUUUUUAAUAGAUGGAGAGCAUCCCAGCUCAUCAAGAGCAUGCCCGCCUCUGACCUGCCCCAAGUCAGGGCAAAGGUUGCAGCCAUGGAAAUGUUGAAAGGCCAAAGGGCUGACCUGGGACUGCAAAGAGCCUGGGAGGGCAACUAUCUUGCUUCGAAGCCAGAUACACCUCAGACCUCAGGCACUUUUGUCCCCGUCGCAAAUGAACUGAAACGGAAGGACAAAUACAUGAACAUCCUCUUUUCCUGUCACGUCCGUAAGGUGAAUCGAUUUAGUAAGGUGGAAGACCGAGCAAUUUUUGUCACUGACCGUCACCUAUAUAAGAUGGACCCCACUAAACAGUACAAGGUGAUGAAGACAAUUCCGCUCUAUAAUUUGACUGGUCUGAGUGUCUCCAAUGGAAAGGACCAACUUGUAGUGUUCCAUACAAAAGACAACAAAGACCUCAUUGUCUGCCUUUUCAGCAAACAGCCAACCCAUGAGAGUCGAAUUGGAGAACUUGUUGGAGUCCUGGUGAAUCAUUUCAAGAGUGAGAAGCGCCACCUUCAAGUCAACGUCACCAACCCCGUGCAGUGCAGCCUGCACGGGAAGAAGUGCACGGUCUCCGUGGAGACGCGGCUCAACCAGCCGGAGCCCGACUUCACCAAGAACCGCUCGGGCUUCAUCCUCAGCGUGCCCGGGAACUGA